GUUUUAUUGGCGCCAUCUCUAUUUUCCAUUUGUCAACAUUUGUUUCUCAGUUUUGAUUUUUGUUUCAAGUUUUUCUAACAAGACAUAAAGAUGACUCUACAAUUAUCAACUGGAGCAAUACAGGCUAUUAUCAAUGGUGAUACACCAGAAAAGCCAAUUUUACAAAUUAUAAGUUACAAAAAGAUUUCGUCAGGAGCUUCUGCCGAUAGAUACAGGUUAUUACUGUCAGAUGGACAGCUUAGUUAUUCACAUGCCAUGCUUGCCACCCAGCUGAAUGAGAUGAUGGAGGAGGGCAGGAUGGACAACUUGUGUGUCGUGCAGAUUGAUCGCUACCUCUGUAACACCAUUCACGGAGACAGGCGUGUAAUCAUUAUUCUUGACCUGAAUAUUCUGCAGAAAGGGUCAGAGGUCAGGGAGAGACUUGGCAACCCCCAGCAGUAUAAGUCUGGAGGUGAUGCUUCAGCUGCAGCUCCCUCAGAUCCACCAGCUCCAGCACAGAACGGACAAACAAACAACCAUGGCAAUGAUGCAAAACCUGUUCAGCCAAGUCCUUACAACAGAGCACCUUUAAUGAACCAGAACCAGUCAUCACGUCCAGGCUCCAACUACAGUGUGAAGCCGUCUUCCAGCCCGUCAACCCCGAACAGCAGCAGGGUGCAUCCCAUAGUCAGUCUUACACCCUAUCAAAAUAGAUGGCGGAUUCGUGCUCGAGUCACUCAGAAAUCUGGAAUCCGUACUUGGAGCAAUUCGCGUGGUGAAGGGAAAGUGUUUAGUGUUACACUUACAGAUGAAACGGGGGAAAUCAAGGCUACAGGUUUCACAGAUGUCAUUGACAAAUUUUACGAGUUUUUGGAAAUGAACAAGGUGUAUUAUAUUAGCAGAGCCACUCUAAAGACAGCAAACAAGCAGUAUUCAUCAGUGAAAAAUGAUUACGAAAUGACCUUCAAUAAUGACACCUGUAUAGAACUGUGUACAGAAGAUGUUGACUUGCCCAGCAUGUCGUUUGAUUUUGUCAAGAUUGAUGAACUUGAAAAACGACAAGCCAAUGAUUUGAUUGAUGUUAUUGGUGUUGUGAAAGUCUGUGCUGAUGUUUCCACGGUUAUUGGUCGACAGAGUCAGAAGGAAAUCACCAAGAGAGACCUUACUAUUGUGGAUCAGUCAGGCAUGAGUGUCAACCUUACACUGUGGGGCAGCGAAGCUUCAAGUUUCAGUGGAAACAACAAUCCAAUUAUUGCUGUUAAAGGUGCUCGCCUUUCUGAUUUUGGAGGUCGCUCUCUGUCUGUUUUGGCAUCAAGCCAGCUGAUUAUAAAUCCAGACAUAAAGGAAGCUCAUUUGUUGAGAGGCUGGUUUGACAGAGAUGGACAUCGACUGGACUUUGACUCGUAUCGCAGCGACACUGUUGGAGCAGGACAUGCUACAAAUUGGAAGCACUUCGGCCAAGUUAAAUCUGAAAAUCUUGGAAAUGGCGACAAACCUGAUUAUUUCACCAGCAAGGGCACGGUGGUCUUCAUGAGGAAAGAGAAUUGCAUGUAUAAGGCAUGUCCUACAGAGCAGUGUAACAAAAAGCUUGUCGACCAAGGCAACGGUUUGUUCAGAUGUGAGAAAUGUAACCGGGAGUUUCCAAACUAUAAAUGGAGGAUGAUUCUCUCGGCGAAUCUUGCAGACUUUGCUGACAAUCAGUGGGUAACAUGCUUCCAGGAAUCGGCAGAAACACUUCUCGGUCACAAAGCUGACGAACUUGGUCAUCUCCGAGAGACGAAUGAGGCAGCCUUUGAUCAGAUCAUCACAGAUUCCACGUUUAAAUCUUACAUAUUUAAACUAAGGGCAAAAAUGGAAACAUACAAUGAUGAAAGUCGCUUGAAAACUGUGUGCGUAACUGCCACACCUAUGGACUGGAAGGAGUAUGGGAAGAAGCUGAUUGAAGAUAUUACACGACUCACAACUUAACUGUUUGACAGACCUGAUUUUAUUAUCCAUGUGGUUCAACAUAACCGAGUUAAUAAUAAUCAUACGAAGCACACGUGUAAUAAGAAUUGUAAUGACUUAAUUUUGAGAAGUGACGUCAUAAUAUGAUGUUUGCUUCUCCAGUUCUAGCUCAGACUGCAUUUGAAAUUUGAUGUCAUUUCGUCGUCUCCUAGUUGUGGCUGAAACAUUUUGAGUUGGGUCGGGCAAUACAAAAAUCCUGACACUAGUUUUGUAAAAAUCAGUACGACAAACAAGCUCAUAUAAUAAUCUCUAUGUACUGAUGUGGGACAGGGCUUAUCUACCCUAGGGUACAUAAUUGAUGUUGGGAUCUUGGCAUUGCUCCCGACAAUCGCAGAUUUGUAAUAACUUGUUUAUAACCCUAUCCCGCAAUAAUACAUAUGAAAGAUUAUUUUAUCACAACAAACUUGUGUUGAAAAUCUUGAUUGUUUUUUAAUGAAAAUAUACACCAUGUUUUCACUUUCAUACUAAUAUGUCCUAUUACAAAAAUAUAUGUAUUGCCUUUGUCAAUCUGUCAACAACGGCUUUGAUUACAAUUGUAUUUUUUAAUCUGCUGUUUUAACUUCCUCUGCACAGGUAUCAUGAUACCUAGGUUUCCAUUUGUUGAACCAAAUGAAAUCUGCUUCUUGUUUUAUCUGUAACCGAAUUGGCUAUCUGUGUCUGACUUUUCCACCCAGUCAGUGUCAUAAGCGUCAGCUCUUCAACCCAGUGUGCCAGGUGAAAUCAAACUUGACAGAAGGUUAAGGCAUCAUCCAAUUUAUUUCUAGACCACCAGGAAGACUGAAGAGAUGGUUUAUCAGAUGGUCCUGACUUACUACUGGCACUGCUCCAGACAGUUCAACAAUUCCAUUAUUAAUGAUAAAAUUUAAGCUAGCCAUUUUUUCCAAAUAAAUGGACAAUAAAUGGUAACAAAAUUAAUUACUGAACCACAUUUCCCAUUAUCACCAUACAAACAAAAAAAUGUUUAAAAUUGUAAGUAAUAAUACUGGUUACAUCAUUAUAUUUCCCAAUGUAACCAUUCUUCAGAGUAUCACUGUUUAAAAACUUGAAAAAAAAGCUAAUAUUUUGUACAAAACCAUAUUGUUUACAGAU